CUUCCCGGGUCCCCGGCAGCGGGCUCUACACUCCGGGCGGCGGCAUCGACGCUCGCACAGCACAGUGACCGGGACAGCGAGGCCCGCGCGCGGCGGGGGCGGCGGCAGACGCCUGGCCACCGUGACCCCAAUUUUGGAUUUACCGCUCGGGGGGUGGGGGGAGCCUAACUGGCGACUGUUUUGGGGGACGCCGGACGCCAUGUUGUGGAAAAUAACCGAUAAUGUCAAGUAUGAAGAGGAUUGCGAGGAACGCCACGACGCUAGCAGCAAUGGGAACCCGCGCCUCCCCCACCUCUCCUCGGCCGGGCAGCAUCUCUACAGCCCCGCGCCACCUCUCUCCCACACUGGAGUCGCCGAAUACCAGCCACCACCUUACUUUCCACCUCCCUAUCAGCAGCUGGCUUACUCACAGUCAGCCGACCCCUACUCGCAUCUGGGAGAAGCGUACGCCGCUGCCAUCAACCCCCUGCACCAGCCGGCGCCCACCGGCAGCCAGCAGCAGGCCUGGCCGGGCCGCCAGAGCCAGGAGGGGACUGGCCUGCCCUCGCACCACGGGCGCCCGGCCAGCCUGCUACCCCAUCUCUCCGGGCUGGACGGUGGCGCCAUGAGCGCCCGCCGGGAUGCCUACCGCCGCUCCGACCUGCUGCUGCCCCACGCGCACGCCCUGGACGCCGCGGGCCUGGCCGAGAACCUGGGGCUCCACGACAUGGCGCACCCGAUGGAGGAGGUGCAGAAUGUCGACGACCAGCACCUGCUUCUGCACGAUCAGACUGUUAUUCGCAAAGGUCCCAUUUCGAUGACCAAGAACCCCUUGGGUCUCCCUUGUCAGAAGGAGCUGGUGGGGGCUGUGAUGAACCCUAGUGAGGUCUUCUGCUCCGUCCCUGGAAGGCUGUCCCUCCUCAGCUCCACGUCGAAAUACAAAGUGACCGUGGCUGAAGUCCAGAGGCGACUGUCCCCGCCCGAGUGCCUCAAUGCCUCAUUACUGGGAGGUGUUCUCAGAAGAGCCAAAUCUAAAAAUGGAGGCCGGUCCUUGCGGGAGAAGUUGGACAAGAUUGGGUUGAAUCUUCCGGCGGGGAGACGGAAAGCUGCACACGUGACCCUCCUCACGUCUUUAGUGGAAGGUGAGGCUGUGCAUCUGGCCCGGGACUUUGCAUAUGUCUGCGAAGCAGAAUUCCCUAGUAAAUCGGUGGCCGAAUAUUUAACCAGGCCUCACCUCGGGGGACGGAAUGAGAUGGCAGCCAGGAAGAGCAUGCUACUGGCCGCACAGCAAGUGUGUAAGGAAUUCACAGAUCUUCUCAAUCAAGACCGAACACCCAACGGGAACAACCGGCCCACCCCGGUCUUGGAAACGAACAUACAGAACUGCCUGUCUCAUUUCAGUCUGAUUACCCACGGGUUUGGCAGCCAGGCCAUCUGUGCCGCCGUGUCUGCUGUGCAGAACUACAUAAAAGAGGCGCUCAUAGUCAUAGACAAAUCGUAUAUGAACCCUGGAGACCAGAGUCCAGCCGAUUCUAGCAAAACCCUGGAGAAAAUGGAGAAGCACAGGAAAUAAAAAGACAGGGAACAAAGGGCCCAAGAGUCUUGAAGGAAAAGGACUUCACAGUCAUUCUCUACCGGACAGACUGGGAACCCCUCUGGCCUGGGGGACAUUUUGACCCACCUUCCACUGAUUUCUGGAUCUGCACGUGCCCUCCUGGAUUCCUUAGUGUUUCUCUAGCGCUGAAGUGUCUCCUUAACUCUGGACAAGUUAUCAGAAGGUGACAAGUCCUGGUUCUUUACUCAUUAAGCUUAUACUUUGUUUUUUUGAACCCCAUUUUUCCUUUCUCUGAAACUGGUGCUACAAGUUUUAGAACCUUUUAAAUAAAUUCCCCGGGUGAAGAAAAAACCCACACACUUAGCUGUUGAAAUGUCAAAUUGGUGUGAUUCAGGUCAACAAUAACCUUCAGUGUUAAGGUAUAAUGGCUGGCUUUUGUGUCCACUAAAUAUUUAUCUAAAAAAAGUAUUUAUCCAGCUUCUUCAGUUGUCAAAUCGUACAUGCAGUGGGAGGCGAAGAUUCUGUCUGCUCACCGCCCAGUUAAUAAGUGGUAUUUGACACAUUUUAAACCCCUUGUUCAAAGGGGGCCUUUGGGUUUUACGAAACUUGUAGAAGCAAAGCCUGCUGAUUUUAUGUUUUUCUUUUUUUUUUAAAAAAAAAAAAACUUUGAAAGUUAACUCUUCAAAUGGGAGACUGAAAUGACAUGUUCCUUUAAGGUACUAAGCUUUAUUUGCAUAUUUAUUUCACAUCUUGGUGUUCGAGUAAACUUGAAAAGGGGGGACGGGAAGCGGUGCAUUGCUGCCUGCUGUCCCCAGGUCCCGGAGGAGGCUCUGUUUUGAGAAGCGGUGUGUUGAGUGUACAGAUUUUAUUUAUGCAUAAUUUAAUGGGGUCUGUAAAUAUGGGUGCACUUCUUAGGACUUUUUUGAGAAAUGGGAUUUGAUUUUAAUAGUUACUUUUAAAGGUGAUGGGGUAAUCUCAAACACAUCUUUAGGUUUUCUUCGUAUGUGUGCACACAGGGUAGGAAGAAUUAAGAGGAUCCUGGAUUCGGUCCUUGAUGGGGAAGGUGCUAUUUAAUUGAUGCUCUCUGUUCACAAAGCAAUAACUUUGUGUCUCCUUCCGGUGGGGCCGAACCUGAACAUGCGCGUGCGGUACCGUGUGUGGGUGUGUGUGUGUGUGUGGGUGUGUGGGUGGGUGAAAUGGAGUUUUGGAAGUGAACUCCAUGCCCGUAAACGUUCCCAGAAUAAUUGUCGUGUAUAUGAUGCCUGUAUAAUAAAAGUAUUCUCGCUAGAA